GGACCCGGGGCCGCGGCGGGCCGCCGAGCCGGCAGCUGCCGCGCAUAAAAGUCAUGGGGCUGGGGGGCCGGCGGGAGCGCCAUGAAGGCCGGCGGCGGGGCCGCAUCCGACCCGGAGAGCGGCCGCAGCGGCAGCAGCAGCAGCGAGAGCAGCUCGGCUAAGUCCCUGCCCCCCGCCGGGGCCCCGGGCAAGCGCAAGCGGAAGAGCCCCCGGCUGAGCGGGCUGAGCAAGCAGCGGCAGGCGGCCAACGCCCGGGAGAGGGACCGGACCCACAGCGUCAACUCCGCCUUCAGCGCGCUCCGCACGCUCAUCCCCACCGAGCCCGCCGACCGCAAGCUCUCCAAGAUCGAGACGCUGCGCCUGGCCGCCAGCUACAUCGCGCACCUGGCCAACGUGCUGCUGCUGCAGCAGGGCGAGGGGGCGGAGCAGCCGUGCCUGCAGUACCAGCCCCGCCUGCAGGGCGGCAGCACCGCGGCGGCGCCCCGGCCCAUCUGCACCUUCUGCCUCAGUAACCAGAGGAAGCUGAACAGAGAAGGGGAGAAACAUUUGUCUAUUUAAAGUUUAAGUGGACGUUGAAUCAGAUGAGAAUCUUGCACUGACUGUAGAACUGUUUUAGAUAACUUCUCUUUAUUCACAAUGUUUACACUGAAAUUAUGCAACUGUAAAAACUUUUUAAACUAUAAAAAACCCACUGCUAUGCACUUUGUUUUACAUUGUGACAAGUUGAUUCAGGGUGUUUUGCCAAUGAAACUGAACACUGUGGGGAGAGUUGCACCUGGUGUGGCUGCUAUUUUAAUGCAAGAAAUGUUAACCUAAGCAGCCAAGCCCUGAUCUUGAUGGCUCCUCAAUUUAUGUCACAUGAUGAAACUUGAGCUUUGAAACCACACAGCGUCUCCUGUCAAUGGAAGCUGUCAUAAAGGCACAGAGGAUGGCAUGUUAACCAAUAUUGGGCUGUACAGUUGUACACUCGUGUGAGAGAAAGUGGCAGCUGACAUGUUGCAGGUCUUUGAAAUUACACUGAGAUUAUUUUAAAGGUGCUCACCCAAAAGCCAAGAUACAAUUAAAAGUGAUGUGUGCCUAGCUGUAGAGUGAGCUGCAGUGCAACAGAAUGCCUCAAAGAGACAGCCAAGAUGGGAGGAGGUCACUAUCCCAGUCGGUACUCAGAAUAGCUGAGAAUUGCUGUGCAAGGGAUGUUUUUUUCAUAAUACACAGCCUGUGCUGUGCCAGUCCUCUAAAUAGUGUAGGAUCUUUCUAAAUUUGUUCUUGUUAAGCACAGAAUAGGGAGGGUUGCCCCCCGGCUCUCUAAAUUUAUCCAUCAGCUAGGUUAUUCCCAAGUUGUGCCUUUACAUCACUGAUGUCGUUUAUCACUGUUUAAGUUUACAAGUUCAUAAACUAUUUGAAAUGGAGUCUAAAAAAUACAGCUCUGUCAUGGUUCCCAAUUUGGGUACAAUGAGAACUGAAAAAGCAGCUAAAAUAUUAAAUCCCCAUGUCCAAGUCAAUUUACGGUGGAUGGUUUAGAAAAUGGUAAGUUUUACCCACUUUUUGAAUUUGGAUACAAGUUUUAGCUCCCAGUCUCUGUGAGACUUAAGCUUUUUUUUUAUUUUUUUUU